UUGACUGCUGAUCAAUCCAAACGCUCGCCCCACUCUAUAACAUGGAAGUAUUUGUAUUGCCAAAGCAAUAAUAAUAAUAACUACUAGUAGUAGCUUUCGGAAAUUACAGGGCACAAGAUGGCGCUUAUGUUUCAAAGAGAAGUUAUAGUUGGCUUUUAUGAUUUGUUGGAGGCCCCUUCCAAAGCCACCGAACCUUAUCUGAUCACCUCUUUGGUUUGAUUGCAUAAACGAUGUAUCAAAAAUUACAACUUGAGAAGUUUAAGCGCUUAAUUCCAUGCAGUUUUCUCCUUGCCGGAAAUGGAAUCUACUGAUCCAAAGCUCCACCCGAGGCCUGCGCUCAGCUGGCUUCCAUAUGGUCCGGCAGAAAAGUCCAGGCGCAUGUAAUCUCACUUGGAUUCCAAUCUGACGUCUUUGUCCAGACUUCUCUUUUGCAUAUGUAUUCCAAAUGCUCUUACUUGGAGGAGGCAUGCAAGCUGUUUGAUGAGAUGCCAAACAGAACUGUGGUUUCCUGGAACUCUAUAAUCUCUGCUUGUGCCAAGAAUUUCUAUACACAGGAGUCAUUUCGGCUUUUCAAUGAAAUGCGCUCUUCUUGUUUCACGCCAACCUCAAGCACUUGCGUCAGCCUUGUAUCACGGUGCUUUUGCUCAACCUCUUCCUUACAACAAGAAGCGGUUUGGAUUCUGAACCAGAUGUGGCAGCUUCAGUAGUUAAUAUGUUUGCUAAAUGUGGUGAUAUAAUUUCUGCUCGGAAGUUUUUUGAUCCUCUCAUUGAGAAGGAUGUCCUCCCUUGGACUUCAAUAAUUAGCGGUUAUGUUCAAGCUGGGCUUCCAAGAACAGCAUUAGAUCUCUUUGAGAAUAUGUUAAAUGCGAAUGUGCUACCAAACAAAAUAACAAUCAUCACUAUACUAUCAGCUUGUGCCAGCAUUGGUUCGCUCUCUGCUGCUGAGAAAAUUAUUGCUCAUAUGGAUGCCCGUUGGAUUAAAUCAGACUUGAAAAUCCAAACAUCAUUGAUCCACAUGUAUUGUUCGUGUGGAAGUUUAGAGAGAGCCGAAGAAAUAUUCAAUACUCUUUCUCAUAAAGACUUGACAGCAUGGAGCUCCAUGAUAAAUUGCUACGCUUUUAAUGGCAAGGGAGAACAAGCACUGGCUCUGUUUAAGGAGAUGCUGAAGGACAGAAAUAUUGAACCAGAUGCAGUAGUUUUUACUGAUGUUUUGUCAGCAUGUAGCCAUUCUGGUUUGGUUGAGGUUGGUUUGAAUUUCUUCACAAGCAUGCAACAGGAAUAUGGUAUGGAGCCAAGCAAAGAGCAUUACUCAUGUGUGGUGGAUCUUUUGAGCAGAGCGGGACACUUUGAUUCAUCUUUGGAAUUCAUUCGCCGCGUGCCGAUGGAAUUAAGAAGUCACUUAUGGUCUCCUUUUCUUAGCGCAUUAAGAACUAUUGGCGGUGUUCAUCAGGAAAACAUUUUGCCCAAGAAACCAGAGGUGGAGAAUGAGGGAACAGGGAACCAGUUAUUACUUGCUGGCAUAUGUGCUUCUUUAGGGAAGUGGAAAGAAGCUAGAGAUUUCAGAAUAUUAAUAGACAAGAGAGGGUCGACUAAGGAAGCUGGAUUGAGUAGAACUGAGUUUUAUGCCUGAACAACCUACCUAAAUGUUGAUUGUACAACAGAAUGGAUAUUUUUCUUACUAAUUUAUUUAUGUUUUCAUAGUCAGUGAUGUAAAUUGUGUUUUUUUUUAGGUUGGCUAGUAUGUUAUAGGUAGACGUGCUUUUAUUUCAUCUUAAUGAUUGGCCUCAUGUGUAUAUGUGCUCCUGUAGCAGAUCAUUAAUCUUACCCACCUUGAUAAAAAUUUGUCUAAGCAUGGAGAGAA